AAAUGUGCAGCUCCAUGAGAAACACAUGCAUGCCUAAUAUCAAGUUGCUAUCUUCAAUAUUGCAAAAGUUAUGGCCAAUGUUUAAGUUUUCGGACAGACGCACAGACUAACAGACGGACAGUUCAACUGCUAUAUGCCACCCUACUGGGGGCAUAAUAAGAAACUAACAUAAAAUGUGAUUUUUGUAAAACGUUUCACUGGGGGCCUACCGACAGCACAUAUCAGUCACUAUGAAUAAUCGUGAGUGAUGUGCCUUGUAAACCAAUUUGCCUUUCUGUGAUUCUUCAAUAUGUAUUUAAAAUCAUAAAAGACAUGGUGAAAUGAAAAUUUUCAUGUUCAAAACAAUAUAUGCAGUUGAUUUAUAUACCUAUUGGGCUUUUUUUUAACUCACUUUAAAACCUUAUUUAACACAUGCAAAUUCAUUGAAUUGAUAUCCCUCGCCAAUUUGCUUCUGGACACAAAAGUGUUAUAUUUGGCACUCAAAAAAGCAUUUUUUCAAGAUACAAAGGGCCAUAACUCCGUUAUUAACAGAUGGUGUACAAUGCCAUUUGGCGUGCAUCAUCAUCUUAUCCAUAUAUAUACUCAUACCAAGUUUCAAUUAAAUCCGCCAAAGCACUUCCAAGAUAUGGCUCCCGACGGACGGACGGAAAGACAGACGGACAACGCCAAAACAAUAUCCCUCCGCCUAUGGCGGGGGAUAAUAAUCAGUCACAAACAAAUGCAAUGUAUAAAUGCCAUAGCUUGUUUUGUACUUCAUUUGUAUAAAGUUCUGAAUAUGGAUUGAUAUUUUACUUUUAAGUUUGUGUUACCUUGUUGUCCGCAUGACAUCUUACAGCAAGGAUUGUCAUCAGUCGUUGUAUUGCAGAUAUUUUGUUGUUACGACUGUGAAGAAUCGUGCUAUAUAUCAUCACAAGUGUGGCUUUCUUGUUGCCACUGUCACCAAGUAAAGCACUUAGCAGGUUGAACAAGAAAGGAAUGUUCGAUUCAAGUUCACGAUAAGCCUGGUCAAAGAUAUUUUCUACUGAUAAAAUAAAAAAUCCUCUGAUACAAUGUUGUUAUUCGCGAUUUCCUCCAUCAAAAUCGCAACGCCGAACUUAUCGUUUAAUAAGACAGAAUCGGAAACGAACGAUCAUUGGCGAACGUUCGCUGUAACUGAAAGCACUACAUUGUGUCACACCGGUCUUACUGACCUGUGUGAAUGCGCGCUAAGGUGUAUUACUAUUUGUUAAUAACGCACAUUGUUGCAAAACCUGCAAUGGUUUGAAUGUUCGUAACAGUUAUGGGGGAAAAUGUUUUGUCUUUGUAGGCAUUACACAAAAACAGUACUUUGCCGCCAUUCACGGUGAAACGGACAUAACGUUUGUCUGCAAGCCUUGUUCAACGUCUGCGCAGAACGGAACACAGGUGGGUUCCGAAGAAGAGACUGCAAUUGGAAAUGCGACCGACGUCAUGGAUACAGAAGACACGCAUGUUAAUGAACAGAUUUCAACGUCUGCACAAAAUGUAGCACAGGCGGGUUCCGAAGAAGAGACUGCAAUUGGCAAUGCGACCGACGUCAUGGAAACAGAAGACACGCAUGUUAAUGAACAGAUUUCCUUUGUGUCGUCAACUAAUGGUGUUACUGAUGUUUGGGGUUCUACCGCCAGUGACGCCAGUGGAAUUUCGGAUGAGGAUGACAUAAGCCGUGUUGAAGAUCUGACCCUGGCAGUAAAUACUACCUUCCAAGUACCCAAAGAAAUACUAGAAGAGUCUCUGGAAGACGCAGCGCCUACCGAGUCCUUUACAGAGGAUAUGCCUGUGAUAUUUGAGGUAGUAGCAGGCGGAUCGCAGCGCGGUAAAGACCUGCUGUGUGACAGCAUCGGCUACACAUACGUCGUGAAGGAGCGACAUCAUAGCAGUACUGUUUGGUGGUGUAGUGUCCGGAAUAAAUCAACGAGAUGUCCAGCACGUGUGCGGGAAAACAAGGAUGGUUUCAACCAGGGCCACCUAAACCACAACCACCCGCCAGUUCCUUCAAAGAAGAGUAAAAUAAUCAUUACUCAGAAGGCCGCACACUGUGCUAGCCAACAGAUUUUCACCGCAGCAAGUGGUAUUGUGGAGAACGUGGCAAGCGAGGUUCUUCAGCAAACAGACAUCGAACACCCAAACCUCGACUACAUCAUGCGGGUUGUAAAUCGCAAGAGGCAACGGCUCCGUCCAGAUGAUCCCCAGGAUUUGGACUUUGAGCUACAAGAGGACUUCCUGCCGGAUGGUUUUUUGAAAGGAGACAUUAAAGUUGACGGGAGGAGACACCUAAUCUUCGCCACCGACGAGCAGUUGAGCAUCCUAAAGACCGCCAAGAGAUGGUACUUGGACGGUACAUUUAAGGUUGUGCGAAAACCAUUCGACAACCUGAUGAGUGUUCACGCUUUCGUGAGGCGAGGCGACUGUGCCAAGCAGAUACCCCUGGUAUUUGUUUUGAUGUCAGGGCGACGAACAGUCGACUACAUCAAGGUUCUACAGAAAAUUGGCCGUCUGCUGUGCAGAGAGGUAGAAGUAGAAGAGUUUGUAGUUGAUUUUGAGAAGGCCAUGUGGAAGGCCCUACGCUACGUGUUCGGCGAGGACGCCAAGAUCCAUGGCUGUGCCUUCCAUUGGGGGCAAGCCGUUUGGCGCCAAGUGCAGGCUAAGGGGCUCGCUACCGAGUACGCCACGAGAAGAGAAACGUACGUGUACAUAAGGAAAAUACUGUGUCUGCCGUUCUUACCGGCAGAACACAUUCCCGAGGUGUUCGAGUCCAUGGUUGACAUCGCGCCUCGCAGAUUUGAUGGACUUUUGAGCUACAUUCGCUCAACAUGGUUCGUGUCUUCAACUUGGCCUGUGCCAUGCUGGUCGGUGUUUGGCAUGAGCAUUCGAACCAACAACGACGUAGAAGGUUGGCACAGACGUCUCAAUGGGAGAGCGGGGAUUGCCCCUCCCAUGUACCUCCUCAUCCGUCUUCUUUCUGACGAGGCAAACGUUGCACUUCGGAACGUACAGCUGGUUACGGAGCUGCAACUGACUCGCUACCAGCGACGCCAGCAGAAAACCAUGCAAGGCCAGAUUGCCAGGUGGUCAUUGUACCGGCGUGGCGAGGUAUCCGCAACGGCACUAUUGAAACAGAUGAGCACAAAGUACAAGCACUGUGCUUGA